GCAACUGCUCUGAUAUUUGUGGGACUUUACUUUCCUCUCUCAAGGCUGUGCUGUCUCCACAGUCCUGUGGCCUGAGGUGACCAGGACCAACGGUCUGGGACCAACUUGCCCUUCCGACGGAGAUCAGCCACGAAACUUGCUGGGACCGGCGCUGACUCUUGCCACACAAAAUGACAGCAAGAGACGGGCCCCAAGAUAGGUACAAGGCUGUCUGGCUGAUCUUCUUCAUCCUUGGCUUGGGAACACUGCUGCCAUGGAAUUUCUUCAUGACUGCCAGGGAGUAUUUCAUUGGCCGCCUUGCGGACCCAGAGAUGAGCCACCCCUGGAACCUGACUGGUGAGGCUACCUUUUCCCCCUCCUACCUGCAGUCCAUGUUUGACAACUUCAUGACUCUCUGCGCCAUGGUGCCCCUCCUCGUCUUCACCUGCCUCAACUCUUUCAUCCACCAGCGGAUUCCCCAGCAGAUCCGCAUAUCAGGCAGCCUGGUGGCCAUUGGGCUGGUGUUUUUAGUCACUGCCAUUAUGGUGAAGGUUCCCAUGGAGCCUCUUCCCUUCUUCGUCUUCACCAUGAUCAGCAUCGUCUUCAUCAACUCCUUUGGUGCCAUCCUUCAGGGCAGCCUCUUUGGGCUGGCAGGACUCCUGCCUGCCAGCUACACAGCUCCCAUCAUGAGUGGGCAGGGCUUGGCAGGCACCUUUGCUGCUUUGGCAAUGAUCUUCAGUAUUGCGAUUGGUGCCCAGAAACCUGAGAGCUUCAUUGGUUACUUCACCACAGCCUGUGUGGCAAUUGUGCUGGCAGUCUUCUCCUACAUCCUUCUGCCUCGUAUGGAUUUCUUCCGAUACUACUCCAUGAAGGACAAGACAGAGUACCGUGUGUACAAUGCAGAGCUGGAGACCAAGAGAGACUUGAUUAAGAAAGAUGAGUCCAAUGGGAUGGAGCAGAAUAACUCAAAGAUCAUCCCUAUCCACAACCCGGAUGAGAAGCCCUCAGUCAUUGCUAUUUUCAAGAAGCUCUGGGUCAUGGCUGUGUCUGUCUGCUUCGUCUUCACUGUCACCAUCGGCGUCUUUCCUUCUGUCACAGCUAAUGUGUCCACUGUCCUUGGAGAUGGAAACAAAUGGGGUCUCUACUUCAUCCCUGUCUCCUGCUUUCUGCUUUUUAAUGUCUUUGACUGGACAGGACGAAGUCUUACUGCCCUCUUCACAUGGCCCGGGAAGGACAGCUGCCUCCUGCCAGUGUUGGUGGCCCUCCGUAUCAUCUUUAUCCCUCUUUUCAUGCUGUGCAACGUGCAUCCCCGGUACUACCUGCCUGUUGUAUUCUCUCAUGAUGCCUGGUACAUCAUCUUCAUGAUCUUCUUCUCGAUCUCCAAUGGCUACCUGGCCAGCCUUUGCAUGUGCUUCGGGCCCAAGAAAGUGCUUGCCCAUGAAGCAGAGACAGCUGGAGCUGUCAUGGCCUUUUUCCUGUCACUGGGCUUGGCCCUAGGAGCUGCCAUCUCCUUUCUGUUCCGAAUUCUCAUCUAGCAGAGGCACCUGGAGGGUGCAGGGACACUGAGAGACGGCUCCGCAUCCUCUGAGGCCCUGGACACCUCUGCAUUGUGGGGAGAUAACACCUCACACCUGCCCCUGCAAAAUCACACUGCCAUGGCAGAUGUUACACGCAGGGACGGUUCCACUCCUGCAGGGCUGGCCUGGCUUCUGCCAUGCUCAGCUGUGUGAUGCCUUCAGGCCUACGUGCCUUCUGCUACCCCAUGUUCUGUGUGUGUGAGACCCCUGGGAUCUCACAGAGCUCAAACUGACUCCCGUUCUGCAUUAUUUUCCCAGCUCAAGGCCAAAAGCCAUUCUCAGCCUUCUCUCUAACAAAGGUGAAGGCUGGUAUCCAGUGUUACUCCCUCUUACCCUUGCCCCCAAGCCACCCAGACACUUGCACUGCUCUCCUUCCAGGGGUCCUGGAACCAUCCACACCACUUCUGCUGGUGAAACUUGCAAACAGUGGAGACUCCAGCCAAACCUCAUCAUCCCCACUCUGCUAGUUGCACAGCAUCCCAAAGACAUAGAUAUCCAAGUCCUAACCAACACCAGGGCUAGGUUGAGGUCUUGACACACCACCUUGUCCCCCUCUUCUUGCUGUGGUUCCUGAUUUGUCUGCGUGUGAUUUUUCUAGUUUUAUUUCUGCCUCCUACUUGUGUGGCAGGAGGUCCAAUCGUGUGCACUGUUCCUAUGAGGGGCAGCGUCUCCCUUCCCCCCUAGGCUGCCUUCCCUGCUUCCCUAUGUUGUAGGGGAAGGCCUGACCUCUUCCUUGGCUUUUCCAUCCCUCAUCUGUGUAAAUGUGUCUGUACAGUUGCUGUUUUCUAUAAAAAGACUGAAAUGCCCCUUUGGGUACUUGUCCCCAUCACCACAGGAGGGAGUGCUGUGGAGGGGCAAGGGCUGAAGAAAGUGGGCCCUGUCAUUUCCUGGGUGUUGCCAGGGUGCCCCGUAGCCAGCAUUAGGCAGUAAAGCAGGGUGAGCAGCUCAUAUAGGGAUAGGUCCAGCAACUUUUUUUCUGCGGACACAGGACCAGCAUGGGAAGGGGCUCUCUCUUUGGGGGUGCGCUAAAGAACCACUGGCCUCUGAUACGGAGGAGCUGGACCGCGCACGGUGGGGUGCAGUGACCUGCAGCACCUGGGCCUGGCUCCUUUCCUUGUGCCUGGAACAGCUGGAGCGCCACCUCUCGGUCCUGAGGGCAACUACACCGCCGUUCCAGCAGGCCUCCACCCCUCUGCCACACACCGUCCACAGCCAUCAUCUCGGCACUCCCAGGUACCCACAGCCAAAAGCUGUGGGGCUUGGGUUCCCGUAGCCCACUCUCAGAUUCCUUUGCCGGUCAGGUCAGUGUGCCCAGCAGGAGCACAUAAGGUUUAGCUUACUGCCCUAAGGCACUACAAAGAGCAUACCCAAACACUGGCUUCCAGUGGAGAAAAUGGGUCUGCUUUGCUCUGGGACCCUGACAUCUCUACAGCUUGUCAGCUCCAUCCUGGACCCUUCUCGUCCGCAGGGCCACUGGUUACAAGCGCCUCACACCGGUGUAGCUGCGUGGCUCUUGGCCUCAGGAGAAGCGGAGGGUGAAGCUGGGACAG